AUGACUGAGCUCCAGGAUAGUCACAACUUCCUUCUUCCCGAAGAGUUUUUCCAAUCUGUGAAGCGAGAGGAAUUCAAGUUUCCAACAAAAAUCAUUUACAACCCGGAGGAUAAUCUUGCUGGGAACCCAGUCAUCAAAACUGGGGUUCUCCUUCGCUUACAAGUAGAUGGCCAGGAAGAGCAGCCAUUGUUAUUAUUGCAAUUCGCUCGUCCAAAGGUCUGGAGAAUCAGGUUUGAUCCGGACAAUCUCGCUCCAGAACAAUACGACGACUACAAUUCUCGUACCAUAAUCUCGGAUACAUUGUCAAAUCUCAUCAAAAUCCUCGACUGUGCUGAAAAUAUCAUCUGGCGUACCGAAUUCGAUGCAGGAUCCGACCUAGACUCCUUCUACAUUUUUAAGACCGUUCAAUAUCCCACCAAGAAAGACCUGAAGGCAAAGAUUAAUGGGAGAACUAUAACUGAGCUCAAUAUUUAUAAGAAUGAAUUUAAAAUUGAGGCUGUGCGUUCUAUCGAGGAAUCGGGCCUAGGAGAUCCUCCUGUUCUUCAAGGAGCUACUAGUAAAGCUGUAUUCAAAAGAAAAGUAGUUUGGGAGACUACUGGAGCCGGCUUGUCUUGGAAGAAAACCGGGACUGCCAACGCCACUCUUUUGACAGCCAAGAAACCCGGCUCUGCACGCUACCUCGGCUGGGGAGAGCAAGGAGGAAAGGAAUUCUUAAAGAAGAGCACACUCAUGAACUACUUUAACUUCGACAAUAUGACUUAUAGCAGUGUCUACAAUCAAGGGCCACUUGAUGAGCGCGAACCGUUGUACCACUCCGAGCCAUUUUGGUUGGAGGUCAAUGGGCUCCCGAAUUACAAGAGUCAGGUUGCGACUUUUGUAGACAAUUAUUCUCAGAUUUGUGUUGAUUUCAGCCUAAAUAACCCUUCACAAAUCAAUGUUGGAACGAGAUUUGGACCUUUGCAAUAUUUCGUUUUCGCAGGCGAUAGCGUUGCUGAUAUCAUCAGUCUCUACAGCUCGGUCAUGGGACGCGCUCGUCUCAAGCCUAGAUAUGUGCUUGGCCAUCAUCAAGGAUGUUACGGCUAUGAUACUCGGAAGAAGGUUCUAAAAGUUGCGCAUGCCUACAAAGACAGAGAUAUCCCAUUGGAUGGGAUCCACAUCGAUGUUGAUCUACAGGAUGGCCUACGUACAUUUACUAUUGAUGCAGAUAGAAAAUUCCCGAGACCUAAGGAAAUGUUCAAUGAGCUGCGGAGCAUGGGAGUUAAAUGCAGCACAAACAUCACUCCUGUAAUCAACCUCACGCCAACAGAGACCUAUAAAACGCUCAAUGAAGGACUUGAGAAAGGGCAUUUCAUCUUAGAUAAGCGAUAUGAUGACGGAAACGGUGUCAUUCCUCCGCAUGAGGUUGAAUAUGUGUGCUACGAGAACGGAAUCAAGCUCAAUAUCGAUCCAGUCAAUGAGAUGGGGCAGUUUCCCGGGGCUGACUACGACUUUGUGGAAUGGUACAACAGUGGAAAACCAUAUCGUGGGGGAGUGGGUUAUGGAGGCACACUUGGCGCGCCGGGGUAUUAUCCAAACCUUAAUAAUGCUAAGACUAGAGAAUGGUGGGGGGAGCAAUACCAAUAUCUAUUUGACCAGGGGCUUGAGUUUAUUUGGCAGGAUAUGACUACCCCUGCUAUUGCAAAAGAAUAUGGCGACAUGAAAGGACUUCCCUUUCGCCUCAUGGUUGAUUCCGAUCAGUGGUCCGGUGAAGCCUGUGAACCUAUGAAACCAGCCCUUGAGAUCUGGGCGCUUUACAGUUACAACUUACACAAGGCUACGUAUGAGGGACUCAACGUUUUGAAAGGCCGCGAGAAUAAACGCAAUUUUAUCAUCGGCCGGGGGAGCUAUGCUGGGGCACACAAAUGGGCUGGCUUGUGGACUGGAGACAAUGCAUCAACCUGGGAUCAUUUUCAAAUUUCUGUAAAUCAGGUUUUAUCUUUGGGUAUAUCUGGUAAUGAAGUUGUUGGUGCAGAUGUUGGAGGAUUCAUGCCCGCCUCAGGUUUUGCGAAUGAAGGGCUCAGAUAUGCAGAACCGGAGCUGGUCAUUCGUUGGUACUGCGCGUAUUCGUUGCUUCCUUGGUUCCGUAAUCAUUAUCAUGGAAAGAGAGGGAUGAAGUUGUUCCAAGAACCCUACGCCUUCACAGACCAUUACAAUUCCAACCCGUCGGGUGUUCCAGAGCAAGAUAAAAGCAUAUGGUUAGCCGUGGAACCUGUCUGCCGUUAUUAUGUCAAGCUCCGAUACAGCUUGCUGCAGCUCAUGUACGACGCGAUGUUUGAGCACCAGUUCCACGGAUUGCCCAUCGCUCGAGCUCUUCUGAUCACCGACAGCGAAGAUACAUCUCUGUUCACCGAUAAUGACUGGGCACUUAGCAAUGAAUAUGUGGUCGGUCGGGACCUUCUUGUCGCUCCUAUCAUGCAUAAGCAAGAUGAGAAGGGGGGACAUCGUUCAAUAUAUCUUCCUCAACAGCAUCACUGGUACAGACUGAACCUUCGUAUUGACGGGUCACUUGGUGUACCACUCGGGCCGAAAAUCACAGGCGGCACUAAGUUCGAUGUUGAUGCAACGAUUUCAGGCGAUGAAUCGUAUUUUCCGUAUAUUGCACCGAUGUUUGUGAGAGGAGGCGGGAUCAUUCCACAGAUUGAAGUCCGUCAAUCUGCUGACGACAAAUCCAAGGUUAACCCGGUUACCUUACACCUAUACCCAGGGGGAAAAAAGAAUACUUACAGAAUGUUCUUGGAUGAUGGAGUCAGCCGCCAGAGUGCACCGACAAAGAAGGGAUAUAAAGGGGAGGGCGACACUGAAGGGCGUUGGGCUGAUUCGGAUAUGGAUAAGAAGGCAAAGAAUGAGUUUAGGGAGGUGAAGAUCGAACAAGAGCGGAACGUCGCAGACUUGAAUCGUACCAUUACAAUCACUACUCCCUGGGAUGGAUAUCACCUCGACAGAGUCCAAAAGGAUAUCGGGGAUUACUACACGGUUGUUAUCUGGCACGAUGAGUAUACCGAUGUAACUGAGAAAUACCCGGAGGUGGUGGUUUCUGGUAGCACAGUGGCGGAAAACAGAAACGAUAUUUCUUUCAAGGCAAGCGUGGUCAAGGUUCCUGUCGAUAUCCCACAGGGUACAGGAAAGGGACCUGCACACUUGCUCGUGAGGAGCUUGGAACCUUAUUGGUGCAAUAACCAACGGAAACGACCAAAUAGUGAUUUAAUUGGUUCUAUAAUAGCAACGCACAUUCCAGGAUGA